ACCCGGUCGAUUUUUGUUGCGCGCUCAGGAAGUGUGUAAAUGCAAAGCGCUCUGUGUAAUACACUUAUAGUGAACGCUAUUCCUAUUUUAUUACAUUCUUCAACACGUAUCAGUGUGUAGUUUGGAAAUACUGCAGGACAGUAGAGCUACACUCAGCGCAAGAUGUUUGCUGGGUUGCCUGAGCUCGGGAUAUCCAAUGGCGAAGAUCUGAAAGAAACUUUGACGAACUGCACAGAGCCUCUGAAAGCUAUUGACCAGUUUCAGAUGGAGAAUGGCAUAUUGUUGCCGACGCUGCAGUCCGCGCUUCCUUUCCUCGAUCUUCACGGCACUCCUCGGCUGGAGUUUCAUCAGUCGGUGUUCGACGAGCUCCGGGACAAGCUGAUGGAGCGAGUCGCUUUCAUUGCUGAAGGCAAAGACGAGGACAGAUACCACAAGUUGGAGGAACUUCUUGAGAAGAGUUUCCCGCUGGUCAAGAUGCCGUCCAUCCAGCCUGUCGUCAUGCAGGUUAUGAAACACUUACCAAAGGUGCCGGAGAAGAAGCUGAAGCAGGUGAUGGCUGAUAAGGAGCUGUAUAAAGUUUGCGCAGUGGAGGUGAAGAGGCAGAUCUGGCAGGAUAACCAGGCUCUGUUUGGUGACGAGGUCUCUCCUUUGCUCAAGCAGUACAUCGUGGAGAAAGAGGCUGCCCUCUUCAGCAGCGAUCUCUCCAUACUGCAUAACUUUUUCAGUCCUUCUCCCAAAACCCGGCGACAGGGAGAAGUUGUACAGAAGCUCACUCAGAUGAUCGGGAAGAAUGUGAAGCUGUACGAUAUGGUGCUGCAGUUCCUAAGGACGCUUUUCCUGCGCACGCGGAACGUGCACUACUGCACCCUGCGCGCCGAGCUCCUCAUGUCCCUGCACGAUCUGGACGUCAGUGAGAUCUGCUCCGUCGAUCCAUGCCACAAGUUCACUUGGUGCUUGGACGCCUGCAUCAGGGAAAAGUUUGUUGAUGCCAAACGAGCCCGAGAGCUGCAGGGUUUCUUGGACAGUAUGAAGAAAGGCCAGGAGCAAGUGCUCGGGGAUCUCUCUAUGAUCCUGUGUGACCCGUUUGCCAGUAACACGCUCGUGCUGAGUACAGUGAGGAACCUGCAGGAGCUGCUCAGCCAGGAUGCAUUGCCCAGAGACAGUCCAGACCUGCUGCUGCUCCUCAGGAUGCUCUGUCUCGGGCAGGGAGCUUGGGACAUGAUUGACAGCCAGGUUUUCAAAGAGCCACGCCUGGAAUUGGAAGUUGUUACACGUUUCCUGCCAGCCAUGAUGUCGAUAGUGGUGGACGAUUACACAUUCACUGUAGAACAGAAGCUUCCCAGUGAAGAGAAGAGCUCCCUCACCUACCCCAACACCCUGCCUGACACUUUUACCAGAUAUUUGCAGGAAAACAGAGUUGCGUGUGAGAUGGGUCUGUAUUAUGUACUCCAUAUUGCUAAGCAGAGGAAUAAGAACGCUCUGCAGAGGUUGCUCCCUUCUUUGGUGGAGACGUACAAUGACAUGUCCUUCGGAGACAUUUUCCUUCAUCUCCUUACCGGCCACCUGACCCUUCUGUCUGACGAGUUCGGCACCGAGGAGUUCUGCACGUCCGUUUUCGACAACUUCCUGCUCACGUCCUCCUCCAGCAAGGAGAAUGUGCACAGACACACACUACGCUUGUUGAACCAUCUCCACCAGAAAGUGCACUCAUCUUCCAUGGAAGCACUGAUGAAAACACUUGAACCACCAAAACAGAGCAGUGAACCGGUAAAAGAACUCUACACGCAGCUGGUGGAAAAGAUCGAGGCAUCGAAACGCAGUCCACCCGAACCUGAGGAAGCGCCAACCCUGGACCUGGGCCUGCACCCGGUCACCGUCCCCACCACGCCCACCACUCCUGUCUGAUACGUACCGCCGGGACGGAUGCAGACGCAGCCGUAUUUUUCAGUGGUGUAUUUUGAUCAUUUCUCCUUUUCUUAUCCAAAGGUCAUUUUAAAAAACAUCAUCCUGUUUCAGAAUGGCACCGUUGAGAACUAGUGCUUGAUUUGUUAUGAGUGAGUAUUUUAAAGUGUGGUCUUGUUUAAUUGUUGUAUCAGUUAAAAGCGAUACUAUAUGUACAGUACUCUUGUGACUCACUGUUCAUGUAUGGAUUGUUUGUAGCCAAGCCCAGUUGUAAAUAAAAUUAUUUAGAAAACAA